GCUGAGAUGAACAACUGGACGGCCAGGCUGGAGGCGACGGAGGCACCCCUGGGUGCUGCCCGCGGGGAGUGUGAGCUGAGUGACCCCGUGCAGUUUGUGCUGGUGCCCCUAGUGUACUGCAUGGUGCUCUGUGUGGGGCUGCCUGGCAAUCUGGUGGCCCUGCUGGCCUUUCUGCAGAGUGGCCAGGUGAGGAAGGCCAUCCGCAUCUACCUCAUCAACCUCACACUGGCCGACAUCCUCUUCAACCUCACCCUGCCCCUCUGGAUCCCCUACUACUUGGCCGGGGGACACUGGACUCUCUCAGAUGCCACCUGCCGUCUGGCCGGGGCUGCCUACUACAUAGCCACUUACAGCGCCAUCGCCUUCAUGACCCUCAUCAGCUUCGAUCGCUACUGCACCGUGCGUGUGGCCAGGCUGGACCUGGCUCUGAACCGGCACCACGGGGCCGUGGCAGCUUGCGUGGCGGUCUGGCUGCUGUGUUUGGGCUGCGCCAUCCCCACCCUGGCAGCCCAGCAGAUCUGGGCAGGCUCUCGGGGCACCAAGUGCUUUGAGCAGUCUGCGGGGCACAGGAACUAUGCCUAUGCCAUGGUGGGCUUCUUCGUGGCCUCCUUCCUGGUGGUGCUGGGCGCGUACGCCUCCAUCAUGAGGUCGCUCUCGGCCACGGCCUCCCACGGCAGCCACCGCCGGCUGGCCCGGGCCAUGGUGCUGGGCAUGCUGCUGGUGUUCGUGGUCUGCGUGGCCCCCUACCACCUCACCCUGGCCCCCUGGGUGGCCAGCCAGACGCAGACCCCCGGCUGCAGCCCACCCUCCACCCUGGACAUCCUGCACACCCUGAGUGUGGCCCUGCUGAGCCUCAACAGCUGCAUCGAUCCGCUGAUCUACUGCUUCUCCAUCAAGCGCUUCCGGGCUGAUCUGUGGAUGACUGCGCGCAAGAUCGUCCGGUGCCUCCCACUGCCCCCCUCCCCGCUGGAGAGAUCCAUUCCCAAUGUCCGCUCCUCCUCCUUCACCUCCUCCUAGCGGGGCGGCUGGGAGAAUGGCUCAUGGCUUAGCUCGGCUCCCUCUCCAGGGCACUGGUCCACCCUAGCGCCAGCCUCCAGCGUCUUGGCCUCGUUGUGAGAGUCUUGGACUUGCCACCGGAGCUCUUCCAGUUGGGUGCGGGAGGUCACCUGGUAACAGCAUCUCCCUGGCCUGAUUGGAGGGUGACCAAGUGCCCGGUGUGAGCUGGGGAUCUGCUCCCUCCCAGCGUGCCCCGUGGCAGGAGGUUGGCAGGAACGGUUUUGCUGACGAGUCUGAGCCAACCUGCCCAGAUGCACCCGGCCCACCUGGAUCUCACUUGCUGCCACCCCCAGGCAAUCCAGCCCCCCCCCCCCGCUCCUCUGGGGCAUGGGCCUUCCCGGGGCUUCGGCUGGAUCAGAAGAUUCAAGGGACAUGGCGGUGGCACGUCUCCCUCCUCAGCAGUGCUGGCCUUGUUGCCUUCAUGUUGCUGCCGGAAAGGAAGGCUUCUCCUGGGCUGCUCCUGCCUGUUUUGGAACCCCUCCUUUGCUCAGCACGGGUACGGAGCUGCCCCAUCCCUGCCUUCCUGCUCCUCUGGCGCAUUAAACUCCCCUUGGGCAGAUGUCCCCUACCAUCGCUGCUCAGGGCAUGUCAUUCACCCAUCAGCCCCAUCAGAACGUCUCCAACCCCCCCCCGGCUGGAUUGUGGGGACUUGAGCACUAACAGCCAUUAGCUCCUGGCCCUCCUGAUGGGGAUGUGCCCCGGAGGGUUCCGACGGGCUGUUAGUUGGUGGGAGGGAUGCGUGGCUUGGUACCUGGUGUGACGCCCAUGGCCAGACAGAGGGUCCCGCCUGCUUGGAGACAAGGCUGCUUGGAAACGGGCCAGGUGAAUUUGGGCAUAAACUGCGUUUGCUCUUCAAAGUUCUUUCCCUUGUCUCCUAGCUCGCAGCCAGUUCCCAGCAGGGACACGUCAUCUGGCUGGGGUCUGCUCUUCCCAAGGGCCUGUUGAUAUGGGGUCUGUCAUAGGGUGACACUGGCCCUUUAAGAGGGAAGAGGCCCGGGCACCUGUGACUGGUCACUUGACCCUCAAUUAGGCUUAAUUAGGGCCCUAAGGGAUCAGAGCUGCCUGGGGCAAGCAAAGGAAGGAGCAGUUGAGAGCUGCUGGGAGUGUCCCGGUGCUUCAGGCCCCCUGGAGCAGGAAGGGGUUGCCCAGAGACCAGCAGGAGCCUGGCCACUGGCCUUUCUGAGCUGGAGAGCUAGUGCUGGGGGGCAGAGGAGGUUCUGAGCUGGGGGACUGUGGUCAGGUCAAAGAGCCAUGAGGCGGUUGCUCUCAAGUGGCUGGCCGGGCAAGUGGGGGCCUGCACUGAGGGUGGAAAGGUGCUGGGGACCGAGUGCUGAUGGGCUCCCGGGUGGGUGAUCUAGAAGUGAUGUUGCUGGAAAGAGGAGUGGAAAACCAGCAUGCACUGGUGUGUUUUACUAGGGAACUGGGAGAAGGGUUUUUCCCAUGAGGGGUCCACAGACUAGUGCAUGUGCACGUGU